AUGGAUUUGCCGGGCUCAAUACAUGAUUUUCUUUUAGUCUCUCUAGGAUUAGUUCUUAUAUUAGGAGGUCUAGGAGUGGUAUUACUUACCAACCCAAUUUAUUCUCCCUUUUCUGUGGGAUUGGUUCUUGUUUGUAUAUCCUUAUUCUAUAUUUUAUCAAACUCUCACUUUGUAGCGGCUGCACAACUCCUUAUUUAUGUGGGAGCUAUAAAUGUUUUAAGAUAUUACAAGUUUAGAAGAAUAACACACUGUGUGGAAAAAUUAGACAUAUAUUGA